UGCGAAGGGCCGCCCAACAGUAUGGCCUUCGAGAGGGAGGGGAGAGUGAUGACUGGACUCUCUACUGGACUGACUAUUCGGUGUCGCUGGAACGGGUGAUGGAAAUGAAAAGUUACCAGAAAAUCAAUCACUUUCCAGGGAUGAGUGAAAUCUGUCGCAAGGACUUGCUGGCCAGGAAUAUGGGCCGCAUGUUAAAGAUGUUCCCUAAAGAUUUCCACUUUUUCCCCAGGACCUGGUGUCUUCCUGCUGACUGGGGAGAUUUGCAGAACUACAGCAGGUCAAGAAAAAAUAAGACAUACAUCUGCAAGCCGGAUUCGGGCUGCCAGGGGAGAGGCAUAUUCAUCACCCGGACAGUGAAAGAAAUCAAACCAGGGGAGGAUAUGAUCUGUCAACUCUAUAUUUCAAAGCCCUUUAUCAUUGAUGGGUUCAAGUUUGACCUACGGAUUUAUGUGCUCAUGACAUCCUGUGACCCUCUCAGGAUUUUUGCGUACAAUGAAGGCCUGGCCCGCUUCGCCACCACCUUUUACUCCCAUCCCUGCACAGACAACCUGGACGAUAUCUGCAUGCACCUGACUAAUUAUUCCAUUAAUAAGCACAGUUCCAAUUUCCUUCAAGAUGCUCACUCUGGCAGCAAGAGGAAGCUCUCCACCUUCAACGCAUACAUGCAGAGCCAUGGCUACAAUGUGGAGCAGAUAUGGAGGGAUAUCGAGGACGUCAUCGUCAAGACCAUCAUCUCAGCCCACCCCAUCAUCAAGCAUAACUACCACACCUGCUUCCCCAGCCACACGCUCAACAGUGCCUGCUUUGAAAUCCUGGGCUUCGACAUUUUGUUGGAUCACAAACUCAAGCCCUGGCUGCUGGAGGUCAACCACUCUCCGAGCUUCUCCACUGACUCCUGGUUGGAUAAAGAGGUAAAGGACAGUCUGCUGUAUGACACGUUGGUCCUGAUCAACCUGAGAAGCUGUGACAAAAAGAAAGUCUUGGAGGAGGAGAGGCAACGGGGGCGGUUCCUGCAGCAGUGUCGUUCGCGGGAGACCAGGAUGGAGGAAGUCAAGGGUUUUCAGGCCGUGCGUCUAGAGAAAACUGAGAAGUAUGAGAUGGAAAACUGUGGAGGGUUCCGCCUGAUUUAUCCCAGUGUGAACUCACAGAAGUACGAGAAGUUUUUCCAGGACAACAAUUCCCUCUUCCAGAACACUGUCACCUCCAGGGCUCGGGAGGUGUACGCGCGGCAGCUGAUCCAGGAGCUGAGGCUGAAACAGGAGAAGAAAUCCUUCCAAACGAAAGAGAAGAAGGUAGAGAUGCAGGGGGAAUCAGCAGGCGAGCAAGGGAGAGGCAAGAGCAUGCGGAGCUGGGGACAGAAACAACGGGAGAAAUGCAAGACCGCCACCACUCACACCUUCAAACAGUACGUCCAGCCAUUGACAUUGGUGUUCUGCGCACCUGAUUUGCUCUCGAGUGUUAGAGAUGCAAAGAAAAGUGAGCCAGACAGCAGCCUUGACCAAGAGGCCCCCAAGAAGGAGGCUGGCCCUGCUCCUGCUAGGCCUUACAGCUCAGUACCUGCCUUGAGGAAUUCAAGCCUUCUUGACUGCUCCAGGCCGGAGCUCAAUAAAGCCACCUCCGGAAUCAAGGAAGCCAAGUCAGCCUCUGCGGUGGACACAAUCGCCAGCCCUGUGCCUCUAACCGCAAUAGAAACUUUCCCAGAAUCCACCACCCAGGGCUCAGACUCUCCCAAGUCCCUGCUGAGUAUGACCAUGACCACCAGCUCUGAAUGCAGUAGCCCAGAGAUGGUUAGGGUGGCCUCCCUUAAAUGCAAGCAGCAGUGGAUACCUCGGUACCUCAUCCAGGAGAAAAUAGCAAAAAUUUCUCUGCCUCAAAAAUCCCAGAGCUUCUUGGGGAGUCUGAACCCCAGCUGGACUUUGCUGAAGAAUGGCGUGAAGAAGCAGCUUCCCACAUCAGGGAUCUUCACCAAGGUUCAACCGAGGGAGGAGCUCUCCAUGUCCCCAGCUCACUACAACCCAAAGCUGGUGCUGAGUGACCAGUCACAAUACCUCUCCCUGCCCUGGGAGUGCUACUUGCGCAGCCGAAGCUCUGGCGAGAAGAGGCAGCUGCAUGUGCCCUCCCUUCUCCUCCUGCAGAAUCUUCAGGGCCACGAUGUUUCCCAGAAUGAUCUGCUGGUGGUUGCAACUCCAGCCCGACUGGAUCUGAGGCCUGGCAGAAGCCAUGUAGGUGCUGUGAGAGACCCGUGUAUACACAGUCGCUGCCUGAUCUCUGGCCAGAAAGGAUGUGAGAGGAACUAGGUGCGCCCACCUGUAGUCCCUUAACGUGUCUGGCACGUUGUCAGGCACUAUAUAUUUCUAUUUCUGGAAUGUUGGGUUGGUAG